AUAACUGUGUUGUUGCAAGGUAGAGCUGUGGAUAUCAUCCGUGCAUAUGAUAUGAUAAAUGAAACGAAGGAAGUCUAUAAGCAAGAGAGGGACAAUGUAGAUGAUUGCUUCGGCAAAAUCUUCAAACAUUCUGAAAAAAUGGCAAAUCACGUUGGGGUAGAGCCAGCAAUGCCACGUAUAGCAAAAACCCAAAGACACAGAAGCAACAUUCCCUCAGAGACGCCGCAGGAAUACUACAAAAGGAAUAUUGCCAUUCCCUUCCUUGAUCAUAUAGUAAGUCACUUGGACAAACAGUUUUCUGAUAUGAGCAUCACUGYUGCUUCCUUGCUUGGACUGGUGCCAUCAKUUAUCUGCRAAAGAGAAGUUGACUUGAAAGAUGUGACUAAUGUUUACAGUAAUGACAUGCCAUCGCCUGAAGUAUUCGACCAAGAGCUUAAACGUUGGAAGUUACGAUAUAAAGACAAAACUCCAGACAAGCGACCAUCAUCCCUAGCACAGUCUCUGAAAGAAUGCGAUAAAGCUCUUUUUCCAAAUAUCCACGUUCUACUUCAAAUUGCCUGUACGAUCCCAGCAACAUCUUGUGAAUCGGAAAGAUCCGCAAGUACAAUGAGGCGGCUCAACAAUUACUUGCGAUCGUCAAUGCACMAAUCAAGAUUGUCUAACCUUGCUGUUUUACAUUCCCAUUAUGAUCGAGCCUCAUCCAUUAACGUAGAGGAAGCGAUCACCAUUUAUGCGAGAAAGCAUACUCGUCGAUUGGAGCUUUCUACUUUACUGUAAAAACAUAGGUUCAAAGGUUCAUUUGUUUGAUGUUAAAGAUUCCAUACUGAAUUUAUAUUAAAAAGAUGAUAUAAAGAGUCUUUAUAUUAGUUUUA